CUUUGUAUCAGAUCAGGCAUCCCACCAUUUUUAUAGGCAGCAUAAAAGUUAUUUUAUGAUCGCGAUGCAGAUUGUGAUAGUGAGUGCCAAAUCAUAGUUUAACUAGCAGAGCAGAAGACUCGUCCUGAGAAAAGAGAGAGCGGCUGUCUGGGUUGCAGCCGCUGUGCAGUACGACUGUCCCUCCAGAUUCUCUCGCUCUGUCUGUCUGAGAACACAAUGGUGAGACAAAGAUAAAGAACAUAUCAAGAAAGGAAGGAAAAGAGAAACAAUCAAUCUCUUGCGAUAAGAGGGGAAUACGUCACCUGAGUUUUACAGCAAAACAACAAUCAUGAAGCAUUUUCUGAGAGUGCUGGUACAGUUCCUCUCGUUUCUCUACUGCACAUUUCUGUGGCGCGCGCUCAAGUUCCUCACUCACAAGGUGACGGGGCGCUGUGAGCUGCAGAGGAUCUGCCACUCCCACAAACCUGGGGCCUGUAGGACCCUUAUGAUAGAGAAAUCCCUGAGGUUCUCCAAGAGUGAGCUACUACAGUCUGCAGUGAGUGUGGGUUCUGACUCGGUGGAGAAGGUCACUGAUGACAUCAUGACCCUGAAGAGGAUCCAUGAGGACUCCAACCUCCAGCUGAGUGUGUCCCUGCAGGCCUGUCUGUUCCAGGUGGUGGGUUACAGAGCUCUCCUGGUAGAGGUGGAGAAGCUUCGCAGGGAGAAUUACGACAGUGAAAACCUCCAGCAUGAGGACAUGCUCCUCAGGCUCUGGAAAGCUCUGUGUCCGGACUCCCCCCUGACAUCUCGCGUGUCCAAACAAUGGAGUGACAUCGGUUUCCAGGGCAGCGACCCCAAAACUGACUUCAGAGGCAUGGGCAUCCUAGGACUCCUCAACCUGCUGUAUUUUGCAGAGCACGAUAGGACCACAGCCCUGCAGGUGCUGCAUGACUCCCAGCAACCCAAACACAGCAAGAUGAGCACGCUGGACUGGAACAAGAACAACUUUGAUAAAGCCAUCGGGUUCUCCUUCGCCAUCGUGGGGAUCAACAUCACAGAGCUGAGCUACAAGCUCCUGCUGGAUGGGGCUUUGAAAACACAUCUGUACAACGUAGCACCUGAGAGGCCCAGCCUGAUACAUUUCCAUCAGACGUUCUGCUACCUGAUGCAGGAGUUCCAGAGGUUCUGGGUGGAAGAGAACCCACGUGACAUCAUGGAGUUUAAUCGUGUGCGUGACAAGUUCCACCGCAUGGUUCUCAAGCAGCUCCAGAACCCCACCGUGGCUCUGGGUCACCACUCCCCUGCUUCCCACCUGCACCUCGUCAACCUGUAGUCACCUACACUGUUCUUGUCUGGUUUAUUGUGUCGCAACUCUCAUUUAUGGCUGAUCAACUAUCAAUAUUUAUAUAUAUCUCACAUGUGUUAUGUGCGUAUUCAAAUGUGUAAUUUAUGAUACUAUAAUGAAGUAAUCAAUUCAUCAUCAGUAUUUAACAAAUCUGUGUAUCUUGAAGCAAUAACUUUCAUAAACUUUCAACACAAAUUUCUGAAGUUUAACAAAUGGUUCAUGGUCAACAAUUCUAAAUCUUGAUAUCAUCCCUAAGUUAUUUAUACAACAAUAGCCUACUUCAGCAUAUUAGUGGAAACUGUUUUUAAGAUAUGUUCAAUGACUGUUAAGUUCAAACCUUCUUCCACUUUAACUUUGCACAGUUGUGUUUGCUUGUGGGCAACUCAACCCCUCCCCCUUCUCUCAAUCACGCACACAAUAUGCUUGACAUUUGGAGAUUUGCUUUUCGGUUUUGCAGUCAUCCAUCAUGCUGAAGAGUUUAAAAUAGGUGCUUGCCAAUGAAAUGUAUUGUUUACAGUAUUCCUUGAUUUUCAUCGACUACAUGUAAAGUAU